AGGGACCACGGUGGAGGGACCACGGUGGAGGGACCACGGUGGAGAGGCCCCGCACCUGCCCGGGGGAAGUGACGCGACGGGACGGGACCGGCCGCAGCGCGUGCUUCCGGUGUAGGCUGCACCGCCGGGGAGAUGGCGGAGACACAGAGCGGAGAGAGAAAAAAGAGCAACAGGGAAAGCUACACAGUGGGCCAGGUGGCAGACAGUCUGUCCUGUAAGCAGACGGCUAAGGGCAAGGCAUCUCCGCUGAUGCUUCUCUUCUCCACGCCCUCAAUUUCCACGAGCCAGUCGUUCUUCACUCCUGUUCUGGAGCGUAAGGUCAGUGGUAAGAAAAGAAAGAUUCCAGAGGAUGAGCCUGCUGUUGGAAAAGAGGCCAAGCAACAAAAGUUGGGGAAGAAGACCGUCCGACGGAAGGUGCCCACAGAGGCUGAGCAGAUUUUGGCCCAACGGGAGAGAGCCUUGAGCGCAGCAGAUGAGGACGGCGAAGGGGUCGGCGGCACGAAGCAGAGGCGAAAGAAGCAGCCGACAGAAGAUGGAUCGUUGGCAGCACUGGAGACACGGAAGGUGAAACGUCGCAGGAAACGCCUGGUCAGCACCGAGUUGGAGAAGCUAAAGAGCGAGAGGACUCUGUUUGUGGGGAACCUGCCCUUUGAAUACAGUAAAGAGAUGAUCACAGCGCUGUUUAAGGAGUUUGGGCCGAUAGAAUCUGUGCGGUUCCGUUCAGUGGCACGUGAGGAACCCACCAUCUCCAGGAAAUUGGCCACCAUCCAGAGGAAGGUUCAUCCUCAACGAAAAAACAUGAAUGCCUACGUUGUGUUUCGGCAGAGUGAUGCUGCAGUCAAAGCACUAGCAAGGAAUGGAUGUGAAAUACAAACGGGAUUUAAUAUUCGAGUGGACCUGGCAAGCAACUGGAAUGAUCAUAACCACCGGCGAUCUAUCUUCCUGGGCAACUUGCCGUAUGAUAUCCAGGAAAAUGAUGUGCGUGAUCACUUCUAUGAAUGUGGAGAAGUGGAGUCGGUACGGAUAGUGAGAGACCGAGAAUCAGGAAUGGGGAAGGGAUUUGGAUAUGUGCUUUUUCAGAACACGGACUCCGUGACACUGGCCCUUGAGCUCAACAACUCGGAGCUCAAAGGACGCAAGGUGCGAAUCAACCGCUCGGUGAAGAAGGAGAGAGUCUCCCAGGACCCAGCAGCGGGGGAAGAAAAAAAGGGGAAGAGGAUGAAACCUGCAGCCAAGGAUUUCACAGGGCUGAUGGCAAAGCCAGUGGAGGGAAAAAAAAACAAGAAGAAAAAUCAAGGGAAGAAGAGCAACCGAGUCCAGAGGAAGACCAAGUCGAAAAAGAAGAAAUGAGAGGUUGCAGCACGUCCAAGCUCGGCCAAAAUCCAUCCUGAGUGGCAACUGCAGUAACACUGAUCAGCGUUCGGUCAGGCUAGAGCCAAACUGAAGAACAAGACCCACUCAUUCAACAAGCUGCUUCUCUUCUGCCAAAAGCAAGUGUUUAGACAUGGACAGCUGCCGUUUAACACUCAGUAAUUAAUGAGGGUUAUUAGAUGGGUCAUCAAAAAUUGACCAGCAGACCUUAGUUUCCUUGGGUGGUUUGAUUUUAUUACCUUGCAUCAAAGGUGUUGUCUGCUCGACUCAAUUCUUUGAGACAUUUUUAAAACACUGUACGUUAUCCUGCCGUUGUAUGCUCCAUUAAACCACAUCCCAGUUUAACCAUCAUCCCAUUUAAUCAACCAUAGUCCUCAUCUGGAGGUACGUUUGUCUAAGGGUAUGACUAAGAAUAUUCAACUGCAAAUGUUAAUGCAGUUCAAUUGAUAGCAAAUGGUCAGUGCAGCACUCUUAUGAAAUAAAAUAGAUAUAAAUGACAACA